CCGUCUCCAGCCACCUUCCACGCACUUACUAUCCGGCGUCCCCCCCCCUCGGACCGUCCUCUGCGGCAGCUGAAGCAGUGGGUCAAACACCGACGCUAACCCUGGAGUUGUAAAAUUUCACAACGGGGGCUCCCGUUUAAAGCGCCGCAGCAAGUUGACCAACCUGCGCAGUGUGAUCGCUUGCAACUGUCUCUGAAACGUCUUUUCGUUUCCAGAGAAUUGCAAAUUGAUAACCUCAAACCACUGCCGCCGCCGCACAUCCUCCAAAAAUCAACCCCCAAAUCGAAGAAAAUGGUGCAAAACAAGAUCACCGAAGUCACUGGCUUCCACCGCUCUUUCAAGGGCCAAAAUCCCUUUGAGUCAGAUGACUUCACUAAAAAUGGAUCCCAUCUUAUUGAUUCAACAUUUAAUUUUGAUUCCUCCCCAAGACAUGAUAUGCCUUCCAGUCAGCCUAUUGACAUCCCUGAUGCCAAGAAGAGAAACAAGAAGAAAAAGCGUUGCCGGGCAACUGACAGUUUCUCUGGCCGAUUCGAGGAUGUCUACAGAUUACAGGAAGAGGUGCUAGGAGAAGGCGCUUAUGCCAGGGUGCAAACAUGCAUCAACCUCAUCACCAAUAAGGAGUAUGCUGUCAAGAUCAUUGAGAAAAGACCAGGACACAGCCGCAGCCGUGUCUUCCGUGAGGUUGAGAUGCUCUACCAGUGCCAGGGUCACAGUAACAUCCUGGAACUGGUGGAGUUCUUUGAGGAGGAAGACAAAUUCUACCUGGUGUUUGAAAAGCUCAGAGGAGGGUCCAUCUUGGCACACAUUCACAAGAGACUGCACUUCAGUGAGCAGGAAGCCAGUGUUGUCGUGCAGGACAUUGCAAGCGCUUUAGAUUUCCUGCAUAACAAGGGAAUGGCACAUAGAGACCUGAAACCUGAAAAUAUUCUUUGUGAGAGUGCAGACAAGAUUUCCCCAGUCAAGAUCUGUGACUUUGACUUGGGCAGUGGGAUCAAACUAAACAGUGACAGCUCACCCAUCUCCACCCCUGAGCUUCUCACUCCAUGUGGCUCUGCAGAAUACAUGGCACCUGAGGUGGUUGAGGCCUUCAGUGAGGAGGCUACAAUUUAUGACAAGCGCUGUGACCUGUGGAGCCUUGGAGUCAUCCUGUACAUCAUGUUGAGUGGCUACCCACCAUUUGUUGGCCGCUGUGGUGGUGACUGUGGCUGGGAACUGGGGGAACCCUGCCACACCUGCCAGAACACUUUGUUUGAGAGUAUCCAGGAAGGAAAAUAUGAGUUUCCAGAAAAAGACUGGGCUCACAUCUCCUCAAGUGCCAAAGACCUAAUAUCCAGACUUCUGGUUCGGGAUGCCAAAAAAAGAAUGAGUGCCAGCCAGGUGCUGCAGCACCCCUGGGUGCAGGGGGGUGCAUCUGACACUUUGCCAACAUCCAUCUUACAUCAAAGAACCAGCAAUGCCAGGGAUCUGACAUUCUUUGCUGACAAGGCCAUGGCUGUGAACCGGCAGCUGGCUGAACAGGACGGCAUGGAAGAACAGCAGCAACAGGAGGUUCCCUUCGUUGUCACUGCCACCGGCUCUUCUAUGCGUCUCUCCCCUCCUUCCAACUCCAAGCUGGCGAGACGCAGGCAGCGAAACAGCCAACCCAAAGGAGGGCCCGUCUCUGCUGCAGAGCUCCGACAGCUACUGGCCCCUCUGGUUAUUGUGGGAGACUGUGCCUGAACUUUGUCAACCCUGACCUCUGACCUCCCGUUAGAUUAAAGUCCAGAUCUAAGGCUGCCCUUAUACUCUCCCUCCCCAUUUCUGGCCCCUCUCUCUGACUCUAGCUGGCCUUGGUUCCUCUGCCAUUCAGGCUCUUGCCUCGCUGUAAAGGGAGACGCUGCUUGCAGCUCUUCCUCUAAAUGCCUUCUGCCCUUCUGCAGCACUUCUGAAGCACAUCAGCCCACGGCCUGCAUAUAGCAAACACAUGUGCACGUCCAGGUUUUUUGGGGGGGAGGGCCAGUUAAUGAUUUGGGAGAGAGAGGUGUUUUCUAAGUUAUGCUCUUUUUUU